AUGGUACUGCAUACCUUUUCGUCCGCAGAUAAUUAUUCUGCUUUCGUCGUCAGCCUCAACUUCGUCUAUACUCUCGCCGCAAUCACACUCUCUCACAAGCUUUCGUUUACUGGUGUUCCUCAAACCUUCUCCAAAUCCCCUGGCCUCUUGCACGAUGACAGCUGGAACAACUGCGUCGUUCGUGUCAAGCGUGUCUCCGUCAUUGGAAGGACAACGGAACAUCAUAGUGGAGGGCUCUGCAUAAAGGCUAUCGCUUUGUGUCUCAAGAUCGUACCAAUGGUGCAGCCGGUGCAGGUGCUUCUUAGAAUGGUUAUUAUCCUGAAUGGUUAUCCUGGAAAUAUCCCGCUCGGAGCUCCAUGGAACGAAGUCGUAAAGAAACGGACAAGAAGCCCCAAAUCGCAUCCCGAAGCCGCAGUCAGUGGGACCCUGGAUGUCAAGGGAACAAACUCUGAGUCUGACGGCCUGUGGACCCUUUACGAAGAGAGCUUGAAGGGGAAAUUUUUGAAAGUGGGGUCACUUCUUCGCUUGACGGUCGCUUUCCGCCUUUUUCACUGUUUGCUGUUUGCUGUCCUUGCUCUGCCCACCACCACCACUUCUGUCUGCAAUCCAAAAGCCACUGUUAGACGGCAUUUGUCUGGCACUCUUCACUGCGUGCCUCCAAACCGUUUUUGGCCUCAUCGCGGGAUUCCUGAACGGGUCCUCUCCAUUCCUUUAUAUAUUUGGCAAACUAGCAGCAGGAGUGUCAAUAGCGACGUGGAUAUGGCUUGGGGUGCUAAUAAGAUACAAUCGCCUCCCGGUCUCGACGCAUCCGCUCACUCGGUCCUCUGCGCAUGUUAUUUCGUUUGGUGUGUUGGUGCCGAUAUGGAUAGCCAUCGGAAUAAUGAUAGCCACACAAAUGCCAUUUGAGUGUAGAGCCCAGACACUCUGGUGCGCAGCCGCGUGUUUCUCGAGCGCGUUGGCAUUCUUGACUGCGAUAUUUUCACUGGUAGCCGCGAUACUAGUAUACCGCGCGGCCUCUUCCUCCGGGGCCGGGCUUGCAAUCAACGUUGCACAGGCGAACAAGCGACAUUUACACGAGGUGGAUAAUUAUUGAAGUCAGCACGGGUCACUCAAGCAUCAGCGUUGGAGGCUGUUGUUACGACCGUGUGCCUUUUGGACGUUGUCACCGUUACGACCACCCGAACGUGAAAUUGGAGGGUUGCCGUUACCAAGACUAAAUCUAGAAAGAAGGUUGCCAGAAAGAAGAUCUUUUGUUAUCAUAAUUUGCCCAUCAUCGAAACCAACAAUAACCAAGCGUCACCCCCUUUCAUACAUUCCACGCCAUACAUAUACCCCCCACUACUUGAUCGUCGUCACACCACCACACCAUACCUGGACGUUCCGCAGUACCUCACGCGAUUGUUGUCAAGUUUGCCAAAAAGUGUACCACCAUUUUACUUAUCACGAUUUCCAUUCGCUUUUCUUGUACAUACAUAUAUACACCAUAUAUAUACAGACAGAUACUAUACUACGCUGUUAAUUGCUGAAUGAAUAAAUGACGAGUUUUCG